CACAAUACAAUAACACAGCUCUGAACACGCGUAUGGCCUCAAAACGCAUUCAAUCCACCCUCCACAUCCACGACCCCCUCGACACCGUCCCGGCCCUACGCUUCUGCUCCACGAACCUCGCCUCUGCCUAUCACCGCCCCAGUUCGUUACAGCGCGCGUAGUGAUAGCAGUUCCAAGACCGCCCAGCCGGUGUCAGUCCGCCGCCGCAGUUCGAAACGGUUACACGGCCUGUGCAGACGCGUGCAGAUCGCAAUUGAGACCACCACAGCAUCCCCACAACCGCCAAGAGUGCCAUGGCUUCCAUCCAAACUCAGCCGCUGAUCGAGCCUCAGGGCCUCUCCGGCCUGGCUCCGUCGAGCGGCCAUAAGACCGCACCCGUGGACGCCCUUCUGGAGGUCCAAAACUUCAGAGACUCCCGUCUGAUCGACUGCCAAACCCCCAUUCCCGAAGAAGACGAGAACAACGAAACCGCAAGCGAGCCUCCGGAGCCCGUUACACCCACCAGCGACACCGCGCCACACCCUUUCGACCACGAAGGAACCGUCGACACCGCCGCCGGUAUGCCUCGCGCUGAGACGAAGCUACGUCCUCUCGCAGCGACCCCUGCGCGACCUCAGCCGACCCCGCGUUCGCAGACCAGCACCUCCAUCGACACGGCUCAACAGCCCAGGCAGGGUCUGGGGAAGCGCGUGGGCUCGUUUGUGCGGAAUAAACUUCACCGCACCCCGUCUGCCGAGCCGCCGCAGCAGUUCUCCUUUAUGACUACUGACGUCAGCGUCAGCAGCAAUGAGAACAGCAACGGCAACGGACUCAUGAUCAAGACCCGCCGCUUGAGCUCCUUCUCCAUCUCGGGCCGGAACACGCCCAAGUCCUCACAAUCGAACACCCCGCCCUCACCUAGCUCGCCUUCGAGCACCAUUUCACACGACCCGACGUUUGCUAUGGAAAAGAACUCGAAACAUUCACAGUCGUCCACCGCUCUCAGCGGCAUGAAUUCACCACGGCAAGCCCUAAGUUUUGGUCCGAAGGGGAAUAGAAAGCCAUCACAACAUCCCCAGCGGGAGCGAUCCGCGUCGACCGACCAGAUUCCGACACUCGUCAAGAAGGAUGAAAACACUGUGGGCCUGAUGGCGAAUAUUUUCACGGAGAAGGCAGCCGAGGGCGUCGGCAUGAAGGCUCGCAAAUUGAGCACGAGUUUACCGGACCAGUUCAACGUAGACCACGUCGAACUAGACAAGGAGUUCAAGAGCUCGAGUCUGAUGCCUGGGAAGCGUGGGAAGCUGCUGGGAAAAGGCGCGACGGCACAGGUGCGCAUCAUGGCGCGGAAAGAGGCAGCUAAUGGUGAAGAGCAGCUGGUUGCCGUGAAGGAGUUCCGCGACCGGAUAAAAGAUGAGAAAGAAGAAGACUACAUCAAAAAGAUCAAAUCCGAGUACAGCAUUGCCAAGAGCUUGCACCACCCCAACAUCGUGGAAACGGUGCGCCUGUGCUAUCACAAUGGCAAAUGGAACCAUGUUAUGGAAUACUGCAACUACGGCGAGAUCUACUCUCUGGUCGACCGAAAGCUCUUUGCCUCGGACGGCUACUACUCUCAAACCGACCGCCUCUGCCUCUUCAAGCAGCUGAUCCGCGGAGUAGACUAUCUGCACAGCCACGGCAUCGCUCAUCGGGACAUCAAACUGGAGAAUUUGCUGCUCAACAAAGACGGACAUCUCAAGAUCUCUGAUUUCGGUGUUGCUGAGGUGUUCAGUGGUGAGCAUCCAGGCCUUCGCGCCGCAGGAGGAGAGUGUGGAAAGAACAUGGGCAAAGUGCGUUUAUCGGCACCUGGAAUCUGUGGAAGCAUGCCCUAUAUUGCGCCCGAAGUCCUCGACAAGGCGAACAGCUACGAUCCUCGUCCUCUCGAUGUCUGGUCCUGUGCCAUCGUUUUCUUGACCAUGACCUGCGGCGGCUGUCCCUGGGAUGCUGCCCGGAAGGACGAUGGCAACUAUACCAAGUUCAUUGAAGGUUGGGAGAAAUGGCUCAAGAAUCACCCCGACGGCCAACUCACCGAUGGUGACGAUGGGUAUCCCAAAUGUGGUAUGCUCUUUGGCCUAAUUGGCCCACCUCCCAUCAAACGCCUCCUCUUGAAGAUGUUGCACCCAAUCCCGGCAAAGCGCAUCGCAGUCCGCGACAUCGUAAAGCUCUCGUACUUCAAGAACAUCGAGUGCUGCUGUCCCGAGAGCUUCGAGGACCAGACUUGCUGCAUCGACGUAUCGCAGGCCAAGAAGGGCUCCUCCAAGAUGAUAGCUCAAAAGAAACACCUGCAUCGUCACAUCCCCCCAAAGCCGGAGAAGCGCGUCACAAAGGUGUUCCAGCAUCGCUUCGAUAUGGGUGAGGGCUGGAACUAGACGGAACUGUCUUCUGAUCUACACGUACAUACGACAUGCGAGGAACCAAGCUCGCUUCUUCUUUGGUUUGUUAUAGCGUAUAUGCUUCAUCUGCAUGAGUGGCGUUGUGUUGCUUUUAUCUCGAGAUUCCAUUUUACCCUUUUGGAUUGAUCCCGACGAGAACGACGGAUUAUAUGUUCGGUGUUUUUGCAAAAGGCGCUCGUGGGAGGCAAAGACCUCGGAUUCGAGAAGGAUCUGAUAUUCGAGGCUGGUUUUGGGUUGGAGCUGGAUCACACUACCUACGGCCAGUGUGCCCCCUUCUGCACUACAUGAUUUUCGAUUGCGCACUACUUGUCGCGAUUAUUGUAUAUGAAAGACGGGGUUCGGAGAAGACACUACAAGCUAGGGGAAGACAGCAAAGUAGAAGGGUCAUUAUUGCUAGGAAUCACUGGUAUAUAUUCGUAAUGAACGGCCGAAAUGUCAUUCCAACUUCUCGUCGUC